AUGACGGAUAUCAUAAACGCCUCCAUAGACGUGGCAGAAAUAGCGAAACAGUUGAAGCUUAGAAGCUUUGCUAUUCUAUUUACACCUUUGACGAGUGCCCUUGAGAUUUCGUAUGUGCGUCCGAAGCUCUCAGCGGUGUUUUAUCGAAUCCCUUUUACGGCGGACGUGUGUGGUUUACUGUUUCUGGAGGGAGGCGAACUCUUCUUAUUUUUUUUUUUUUAUAGGCUUUUGACGUUCAAUCUGGAACUGAUACUCUGCACUGUCCGUUCGAGAACCCCGAAUUCGGAGCUUGCGGAGGUCCUUUAUCGUCCCAUCAGAGCCUUGACGUUUCCAGAGGAGAGCGCUCUUGGUCUGUUCCUCGCACUGGCAGUGCCCUUGGAAGACCCUUACAAAUCAAUUUCUUUGGCGAACUUUUUCGAAGGUUCCUACAAUCUGCCAACCAACGUAUCUGAGGAAUAUUUCUGGGGGGAGGGCAGACAGACAAGGGAGAGAAGAAGCCUGGACAGGUCCACGGUUUAUCAGGUGUUGGAGAACAAAUUCAUCAGCUACGGAUAUCAGGGUCACGAGUGUCUGCUGAGGGCAAUUUGCGAAACUUCGGAGCAUUCCUUGAGACAUAACGGGCUCAUCGGUGACAUUUUGCAUGUGAUCUUCACACCGACGAGCUCGCGACACGAGGAACUGCCGCAGGACAUUCUUCAAGCAGAAGUGGUCGGACGUAAUAGAGGCUGCUCGAAGUACCAACCGCAAUGCCCCGUGGGACUCUUCGACUUGAUUGGAGUCCUCGGUUGAGAUCUGAAAAACAACCACCCUUAAUCUUGGUUCACCUCGUUGCAUUCUCCAGCGGGUAAACAUUUUCGAUUUUAUUAAUGGAGUUGACUGAAGAAUUUCGAGAACCGAUGCAGACGUGUUUAUGACAUAUACGAAUAUUUCUACAAAGAAAUAGCAUGCGUGAGCCUAGCGAAACUGUUAUUGAACUUUUAUUUAGCGUUUCUUACGGUUUUCAUUUGAAAAUUGACAAAAUAACGCCGCUUGUACGUCUUUUGCACUAGGAAGUCUUCUCCGAGAGGACAGAGUAUAAGUCCAGCAAACAUUAUUAGUGAUUACACAGGAUAAACUUACGCGAGUGCAAGAUUUUCCGUUUGCACAUUCUAUAACGAAAUGAUACCAAAUGGAAAAAUCCACCUCCCACCACAAAAAUACCCCAGUUCACGCCCUGGCCCUUUUGUUUCCAUGUUUUCAUGAUCCAAUUCCGAGUUGCUGGAUGCCUCCGAUAUUCGAAUUCGUGGCAGGCGUCGUCGAGGCGUCAGAGAGUUCGCGGCAGAGUUCCGAUUAAUCAGCUCGUAAGCAUGCAGCGACUCCUUGGCGAUAUUCAAGCCUGAUCGGCUAAUGAAUUUCGAAAUUGGCCUGUUAAUCGAUUUCUCUUACUCGACGCUCGCUAUGGCGUGCAUUAUACAUUGCGAUCAGGGCGGACAAGGCUCCGUGACGCGGCUCGAAUUUACGAGCAGCCGGAAACUUCGCCGCGCCACCUCCGCCGUUACCAAAACCGCGAGACCUCUUUCGCGGACCUAUCGAAGAUCUCGAAAAGGUCUCGUAACUCCCGCACGGUUUUGAAGAACCUCGAGGUAGUUGAAACGUUUGGCAACUUUCGAGCUUUUCAAACGGCGACGCACAGCUUGAAUAGGCUCGAACUUUACGCGGGCUUGAUUCGAUUGAAACUUACCUAAAGCGAUAUAAAAGCGUUACUAUUAUGCAUAAAUGCAUUUCUAAACGGGAAAAGUUUGUUCGUAUGAAACAUAUUUGAAUAUUUGAAGUGAGGCAGUAAUUAAAUUUAAUUGAGGGAUACUUGUAGAGCAAGCGAAAUGUAGGAUGUAAAAUUUUGUUAACGUUCGAGCCAUGAAAAUUUUACAGCCAUUUGCGCGAGGCGCUUUUUCGAGGAUCUAUCAUAAGUAAAAUAUAUUAUAAAAGCAAUA